AUGCCGGGAAUCUCUGAUAUACCCGUAGAGGUCUUUGAACAGAUCUGUUCUCAACUCCGAUGCAAUGAUGACGAACUUGACGAAAAGGAGUGGAUCGCAUGCCAGAGCACCCUUCUAAGCAUCUGCAGAGUGUUAAAGGCCUUCUACAAGCUCGCGAAACCUUACCUGUAUCGCCAAAUCUUCCUUGUUACAGACAACCACAGCGGCACAAAGUUCUUCUCCCUCGUCCGGGCGCUGGUCUCUCAGCCCACCCUCUCCCAGCAGGUCCAAAGUCUGCGCAUAUCUCAUGCUCAAACAUCCUAUCGUGAUUACAGGAACGAUCGCGACUACGAAGAAUACUGCACGCCUUGCAGUAUUGAAAACUGGGACUUCCUCACCAACGCUGUCAAAGAUCGAAUGCCUUGGUACAUUUUCAGCCGUCAAGAUCCGAUUUGGGAAAACACCAACGUAACCGUCAAGGAGAUCAGGUGUCGCGACAAAGAGAUGAAUUGUUUGAUGAAAAUCCUUGUCUUCAUGCAUUUGCCCAAUUUGAGCACGUUGCAUGUCUCUAUCCGGGUUUCAGAAGCCAGCCCCGAGUACGCAAAUGGGUCUUACAUCGGUUGGCACAUUCCAGAGCAUUUGCAGCAGGUGAAGGAACUGUACAUCUACGGAGAAGACGCCCAGACGCCGUUUCUGCUCUCCGGAUGUCUGUUUUGGCAUAUGUACUUGCCCUCGACGGUUACGGAUAUAUGCCUCAGGAACUGCAAACUACUGCUGGCUGAUGAUGCUAGCGGCUCUUUCUACCCGAGGACGUGGAACAUCAAGAAGGUUUCCUUGAUCGACUGCACAAUGACACCAGACGUCUUGUCUGAGUUGACAAACGACGUCUUUCCAUUGGAAGAGUUCGAGUACGUCGUGAACUCAAAGUUCGAGGACAAGAUCGCCCUCGUCACUGCUGCUGAGACUAUCGAUCGCCUGAAGUCGUAUUCCGCAUCUCUCGUCGACCUUCGACUUCGGUUCCGACUCUCUGACGGAAGGCCGAUCCGCGAGGACGAAGAGCCCUACAAGCCCUCGGACUUCUGUGACUUCAAGAAGCUCAAAACCCUCGUUGUUCACCUUGCGGACUUUGGAUUCCACGACAAUCCCAAUUCGACUGUUCCGGAUGUCAGCACUCUGGGAUUCCCCAAGAGCAUUCAGGAUCUCAGAGUCAACGAGGUUCUUUGA